CAAAUCCCAGCACCCCGACGUCGAAAUAUGGAUAGCAGAUUAUCAGGCAGUGGCAUGGGCAUUCCAAUGACAUCAACAAGAGGGCUACUUCUUUCUAAACCUUAUGAACCCCAUUAUCCUCUUUCUAAUUCCAAAAUCAACGGCCUAGAAAGAAAAGGCAGUUUCGCAGUCGCGAUUAAAGAUCAUGCGAGCUUAGUGCCCAAACUAAUGGAACUUGUGAAACAGAAGUUGAAUUAUGGUGCCAAAAUCCUACCACUUGGCCGUGAAGCAAAAAUCUUCAGGAAAAGUUUCAGUACCAAGGAUGGUGAGAAGUUGUUGCAUGCCUCCCGUUGCUACAUAUACACAACAGCAGGUGCGAUUGCAGGCAUCCUAUUCAUGUCUAGCGAAAGGGUUGGAUUUUCCAGUGAUAGAUCCCUCCAAACGUAUUCGACAACUGGAGAGACCUUAAAGUUCCAAUAUAAGGUGUCAAUCCCGUUGGAAAAGAUAAAAGGAGUAGGCGAGAGCAUGAGCAUGAAGAACAAGUAUGUGGAGUUGGUAACCAUGGACGAUUUCAGUUUCUGGUUUAUGGGCUUUCCGAAUUACAGAAAAACUCUAGGACACCUUCAUAGGACAAUCAGUCCAGACUGCUUAAGCAACUGAUGUAGAACAUCAGUCCUCAACUCCAUGUAAAUUUCUAAUAGACAACAUUAUGUAGUACGGAUACAUCCACCAAUCAGAACAUGUAUAUAUUUUUG